AUGGCAUCAAAGGAAGAGAAGAAACCCACAAAGAAGAAGUCGUUGACUGAGAAGGCUCCUGCAACUGCCGUUGAGAAAUCAAAGUCCGGCAAGAAGCUUCCUAAGGACGCCACCAGAGACAAGAAGAAUAAGGGGUCAAAGAAUUAUGUCGAUACUUACAAGAUCUACAUCUUCAAGGUGCUGAAACAGGUUCAUCCAAAUAUACAGAUUGCAAGCAAGGCUAUGGGAAUCAUGAACAACUUCAUCAAUGAUAUCUUUGAGAGGCUUGUUGAGGAGUUUUCUAGGUUUGCUAGGUACAACAAGAAGCCUACCAUCACUUCUUGGGUGAUUCAAAGUGCUCUCCAAUUGGUUCUCCCUAGUGAAUUGGCCAAGCAUGUUGUAUCUGAGGGUACUAAGGGGGUUGCCAAAUUCACUAACUCUUAG